GGCAAUGAAAUAAAGUCUGCUCCUGCACAGACUGGUUGCCAUUUUAGGAGAGUACACUGAAGUGCAGGAUUCUAGAUAGACUGCUGUUGACUACGGAAUAAAUGAUGUUUUCCAGUUCACUGCUGAAAAGUGGAUUAUUUUUCUGCAAGCAAGAAAACCGUGGAAUAAAAUGUCUGGCAUCGGCAUUGCUCAGAACUGUCAAUAGGACACUCAGUACACUGACCGGUGCUGAUAAACAGAAAACGAUGGACGAUUUGGACGGCCCUAACUUUUUAACAUCAUUAUACUGGCUUUUCGGAAAAGGUUAUUUCAAAACGACACAUCAAAUGCAGAUUGAGCACAGCAAAAUCUAUGGCCCACUUUGGAAGUCGAAAUAUGGACCACUGGUUGUUAUCAAUGUGGCCAAUGCAGAUCUUAUAGAGCAGGUUCUUCGGCAAGAGGGUCGCCACCCAAUCCGCACUGACAUGCCGCACUGGAGAAGUUAUCGGGAGCUCCGGAAUCAAGCCUAUGGACCCCUAACAGAGAUGGGAGUUGAGUGGCAGCGCAUCAGAAGCAUCCUGAACCCUCGAAUGCUGAAGCCCAAACAUGUGUCCACUUACACCUGUGCCAUUAAUGACGUAGUGACUGACUUUAUUGAGAAGGUGGCUUGGCUUAGGACAACAAAAGGCAAUGGCGUUAUGGUGCAUGACCUGGCAGGAGAAUUGUACAAGUUCGCCUUUGAAGGAAUUUGCUCAGUGUUGUUUGAGACUCGGUUGGGCUGUCUGAAUGAAGUUGUUCCUGAAGAAACACAGAAGUUUAUCUUCUCAGUUGGAGAAAUGUUCCGUCUUUCCCCAAUCAUAGUCCUGUUCCCCAAAUCUGUCUGGCCCUACAUGCCUUUUUGGAAGCACUUUGUGGCUAUUUGGGACCAUUUGUUCAAAGUUGCUGAGAAACUGGUGCAGAAGAAGAUGUCCGAGAUUGAGGAAAUGGUGAAACAAGGUCACCCAGUGGAGGGAGAGUAUCUCACACACCUCCUGGUCAGUGAACAGAUGUCUGUCACUGAGGUUUUGGGAAGCAUUACUGAGCUACUAUUGGCUGGAGUCGACACCACAUCAAACACUAUUUCCUGGGCUCUUUAUCACUUGGCACAAGAGCCAGAGAUCCAACAGAAGCUGUAUGAGGAGGUGGUCAGUGUCUGCCCUGGUGACAAAGUGCCCUGCAGUGAUGAGAUCACCAGGAUGCCAUUGCUGAAAGCCAUUGUUAGAGAGACUCUCCGUUUAUACCCAGUGGUUCCAGGGAAUGCUCGUAUUGUCGCUGAAAAUGAAAUAGUGGUUGGUGGCCAUCUCUUCCCUAAAAACACUCUGUUCCAUCUCUGCCACUUUGCUGUGUCCUACGAUGAGAAGGUGUUCCCAAAUCCUUAUGCCUUCCUCCCACAGCGUUGGAUCCGUGGGCAGAAGCAGUUAAGCCAUCACCCCUUUGGUUCUGUACCGUUUGGCUUCGGCAUCCGUGCUUGCCUGGGUCGCAGAGUGGCUGAACUGGAGAUGUAUCUCCUUUUGUCCAGGUUAAUUAAACACUAUGAAGUGCGCCCAGACCCUUCAGGAAGGACUGUGCAACCAAUCACAAGAACUUUGCUGAUCCCAGCCACAUCCGUUGACCUUCAAUUUUAUGACAGGCAAAACCAGCAAGAGGAUCCAGUCAAAGCAAAGGCUUCUAUCUAAAUGACUGCAGAUUUUAUUGCAAUGUGUUGUAUGUGAUGUUGUUUAGGCAUACACCAUAAACAUAAAUGACACAAUUCAUACCUUGUGGAUACAAAGCUAAUGCCAUACUAAAAACGUUGUUUUACUGAUGCCUUGUCCAUUGCAUAGUAUAUAUAUUUAGAAUAUAUAUAUGUUUAGUAUAGAGCUGUAAAUGAAAUAUAAUUUUUGUGGCAUUACAUAGUAUAAAUUGUUUUAUUUUUUAAUGAUAUUGCAUGUGGAUUCAUCGGCCAGGUUCCUGCCAAGCUGAUAUAAGAGCCUUUAUUUUUAUUCUGUACAAAUAAUCUGUCAUUCAUUUUAGUUUGUUGUGAAUUCCUCUGUUAAAUAUUUUAAGUAAUAUUUUUGUUUGUAUUAAUGUUUCCUGUGUCAGAAUGCAUGGUCCAUAACAGAUACCAACACAUAUCCACAGUUGGAACACUGUCUCACUACUGGAAUUCCAAUAGAUAUCUCUUUUCUGUUGUAGAAGGAGCUCUACUGAUGCCUCUAUGUUGCUGAGAAUUGAAAAUGCAAUAGAUAUUUCCAACCAUCUAAUGGCUAGCAGUUAUUAAUAAUUUAAGGUGCAUUAAUUUUCUGCAUAUGGAAAGAUUUUCAGCAGGUCUCUGUACAUGUUUCUGAUUAAUUGACAUUUCAACUUGUAGAUCAUUACAAACAUAAUUCACCAAUAAACAAUAUACAGUAUA